UGACGCAAACGGACCCUGAAUCUUGUUCGUUGGGUUAGACCCAAAUAAGAGCAGGGGAACUCGAAACCAGUCUGUGAACCUGGACCAUCCGCUACCCGCGUCUCUUCUUCAGCACACCAGCGCCAUUAACGCCCACCUGUAAAUCGGCGAGCUUGACAAGGACAUGUACCGCUCAGUCAGCAUGAGCAUGAUGCCUUCUCCCUCCUUCCUCCCUUCUCGCCUCUCUUCCCUCUUGACUCCUCCUCCUUCGCCUUCUUUACCUCUCUCUCAGUCCAAAACCCUAAUUUUUCUGUUCCUCAAUCGAAAACCGCACCCUCUUUGCUUUGCCAAGAGCAACCCCCUUCACGUAUCCCUCUCUAGUUGCAUUUGAAACCCUAAUUUUCUACUGACAAAAUUCGGUUUUCAUUCCCCAUUAUUUCGUAACAUUUCGCUUUCGUUGUAACAAAUCCAACGGAGAUCAAUCGGAACCUUUGCUUUGAUUGAAACAGUCUAAAGUUUCUGUUUAUUUUUGCUGCAUUUAAGAAUAACUUCUAUUUUCCCUUCUGAUGGUUUUCGCUUCGUUUUACAGUUUUCUGCAAGAUUAGGGUUUUAGAACAUGAACUAUUAUCAAAAAAUCCCUUUUUGUAUGACAGAAACUUAGUUUGGAUUGGAUUUGUUGAUUUAUGGAUUAUCAAGACGGAGGCUUGCCGAUGGCGAUCUCGAAAAACUCGAAUUCGACGUCUGAUUCGGCGAACGUGUACUGUCUCAUGAAUGGACCGUCUUCGCCACCUUCGGGGCAAUUAGAAAUUCGUCUUUUCUUCGCCCGCUUUGCGCCGUGUGUCAUUGAUAGCGUGCCCGAUCAUCUAACACUCUGCCAUAUCCGUCGCGAAAUUGGCAUCUCGCUUGAAAUCAAUGGGUCUCGCAUACCAGCCUCGGACACGGCAUCACUGACCCUGCGUCGUGACCGGCUUGUUAAGGAGUCAUCCGAAGUUACAUAUGUGAGUACGGAUAGUGUUAGGGUUACUGGCAGUGUAGAAUUCGAGAUGUACGAGAAGGAGAAUAUGAUUCUAUGCGGGUCGCUUGAAAGAAUGGAAUCUCCAUGGGGCAAUGGAAGUGUUGGUCUGUCAGAGAAUUAUUCAAGAGCAGGCUGGAGUAUGGAUUGUUUUAUGGCAGCUUCAAUUGCAACCGGCUCGUCUGCAUUCUUUCAGCCUAAACUUGGGAUUUCUUCACCAUCUAUUGAGGUUUAUAUUGCGGGUUGCAGCUUGGGUGCGCCUGUGAUUCUAACCAAGACAAUUCAAAUUAGUCCUAGGCGGAAGCCAGUGAGGCAUGGCGCACUUGAUGCUAUUCCGGAAGGGGAAGAGAUUUUAAAAGAGCAGAAUUGCAGUAAUGGGAUGGUUAUUAAGCCAGAAGUCCAGAUAACAGAUGCUGAAGUUGAGGAUUGCAAGUUGGAUGGGAAAAUUGAUGGCAGCAUGUACUCUGAUGAAAUGUGUCUCAGUGAGGAUGGCCAACUCUCAUGGUUCAAUGCCGGGGUAAGAGUUGGUGUUGGGAUUGGUCUUGGGAUGUGCGUUGGGAUUGGAAUUGGUGUUGGACUGCUUAUGCACUCAUAUCAAUCAGCAACCAGAAAUUUCAGGAGAAGGUUUUUAUAAGCGUAAAUGUUUUUAAUUGGAAAAACUAUUUACUCCCGUGGAAUAAGAACAAGGUUAAAAGCAGGAAAUUUUCUGGGAGUUUGAAGAAUCCCACAAAUCUGCCUGAGCAAAUGGAAAUGUGUGCUUCAGUCUCUUAGGCACAAGCUCUAGUAAUCAAAGUGGGAACUUGUACUGUUUUUUGGUUGGUAAAUUGGCAUAAUGCGUGGCUUAGUUGCUGCUCUUUCAUCCCCGUAUCAGAAUACAGGCCAUAAAUGUACCAUUCAAAUAAAUGUUGAGGGGGAAGCAUGGCUUCAUUGCUUGGGAAGCAAGGCCUUGCUGCUGAAAGAUAAUAGCAGUAUAAUCUAGUGAUUCGGUUUCAUUGAUGAGCCUACAGAGCAUAGCGGGUGGCUGGUGUAAGUUGAGUUCUGCAAGUCCUCUAAUGCAUACUUGUAUCUAUUUUCAUGUUGAGUUAGAGCUUGUGUUUCAAUUUUUAUGGGGAGUUGAUAUGUACAUUGUUGUGUUUCAAUCCCAGGUUAAGCAUGUAUUAGGAAGAUUUUGGUAGUACGAGGACAUAUAAUUUUCUGACUGUC